UCUCACUCCACCACUCGCACCCGUCCCCACACUCCCCACCGCGCAGCCCUCCCCUUCGUCGGCAGCCCAAAAACCCUCGGGGGCGAAGCGAGGAGAGGACGGCAAUGGCGGAGGCGAGCCGCAGCCACCCGUCGCAGUACGUGAGGCUGAAGAAGGACCAGGACGCUUCCGCCUCCGGCCCCAGCGUGGAGGACAUCCGCCCUGGCGAGCUCAACCUGCCCGUCGCCGUCCCGCAGCUGGAGCAGAGGAAGUGCUUCGAAUGCGGGCAGGUGCUGCCUGAGAGCCACCGGGCGCCGGCCGACGAGCCGUGGACAACCGGCAUCUUCGGGUGCGCCGAAGACCCCGAGAGCUGCCGGACUGGUCUAUUCUGCCCCUGUGUUUUGUUUGGACGAAAUGUUCAGGCUCUUAGAGAAGAUAUCCCAUGGACAACACCCUGCACUUGCCAUGCUGUCUGUGUUGAAGGUGGCAUUGCAUUGGCAAUCCUUACAGCUAUAUUCCAUGGUGUUGACCCAGACACAUCAGUCCUGAUUGGUGAAGGCCUGGUGUUCGGUUGGUGGUUAUGCUCUAUAUAUACUGGUAAUUUUCGUCUACAGCUUCAGAGGAGGUAUCAUCUCGAGAACUCUCCAUGCCCUCCUGGCAUAGUCCACUGCUGCUUCCCCUGGUGCGCGAACUGUCAGGAGCAUCGUGAAAGGAAAGGCCGCCUCGCAGAAAGCAGUGCUGUUCCAAUGACCAUUGUCAACCCGCCGCCGCCGCUGCAAGAGAUGAGCAUGGUCGAGAACAACGCUCCCACAUCCGAGAAUGAAGCGUCGAAGGCCGAGCAUGAUGAUGUGGAGGUGAUACCUCUCUAGGAAAGAUAGCAUGAGAACUGAAACUGACAUGGAAUCUGCUAGCCAAUUUAGAGACUACCAUAUAUUGUUAAUAAAUCACUGUCAUCUGGCAGGUACCGUAUGAAACAUUGUUCUGAUCCAGAUUUUAGUUUAUGACCAUUACUACCUAUGAUAGAAUGUUGACCGUGGGCAUGUAAUAUAUGUGUGGAGACCAUUACUACCUAUGAUAGAGUGCUGCCCGUGGGCAUAUAAUAUAUAUGUGUGGAGACCAUUACUACCUAUGAUAGAAUGUUGCCCGUGGGCAUAUAAUAUAUGUGUGGAUAUAUUUACAUUUGUGA